UUUUUACAGAGCAGGACUGAAAGACAGUUUGGUCGAUCCUAAUUAUUAUCCUGAUCAGUCCACGCACCGAAUGUCGGUUAUCUAGACUCUCGCGCCACGCGCAGUUCAAUCCCAUCACGCACCGCCUUCGGGAAUGAGUGAUUCUAGGGUUACCCUAGUUGGGUAAUGCAGUAAAUGCCUGAGCGACAUUGAGCUCAUUAUCGAUUUCUCCUCCUUCCAGCAAGGCAAAGACAACAAUGAAGUUUAUCUUCCAGGUUCUCGCGACAUUGGCGCUCGUUACAGGCACUGCGUCUGCUUUGGACAAAGGCAUUCUUCUCGGUGAGACUUUCGGUGGACCCCACGGCGAUAAGUACUCGGACCUGGACCUCGUUUCACCUGGUCAAAUUGUGAACUCCAUCACGGUUCGAUCUGCUGACCGUGUGGAUGCCGUCAGCCUCAACGUGACGGAUCUCACCGGGCAAACGACUAUCUUGUACCACGGUGGCAAGGGCGGUGACUCGGAAACCCUCCAGCUAGACCAGGGUGAGCACAUCAUCGGCGUCCAGGCGCACUGGGGCAAGUACUACCGCAAAACGCGUCUCAUGUACGUCGAGUUCACCACCGACAAGAAGCGCACCAUUUCUGGUGGAACCCCGGCGGUCGAUGCGGACAGAAUGGGUAAGGACAGCGCACUAGAGGGUUAUCAGUUGGGCGGCUUCGUCGGAUACAGCGGUAACGAGCUUGACUCGAUGGGAGCCAUCUGGACUAGCAUUAAUCCGGUGGUGUGAAUUUAAGCGGAACUCGACUACGAGUCUAUCUCGACCGAAGAAAGAGCUUCUAGCGUUAGGGGGAGGUUCGUGAGAAGUAGAUAGACUACAACGAGUGGCAAUGAGAAAAACACGUUUGUUAAAUCUCUCCC